AGGCGAACGUACGAGAUACACGGCAGAGACGAAAAAAGUUGCCCCUGGUCUUGAAAAAAAAGCUAUCGGAAGCAAGAGAGACUCCAGAAAUCACCAAGAAAGAUCCAGAGGGCGGACAUCCAUUUAAACCUGGAAUUCGAUUUUUAUCUCCCUAAGCAAGAUGGUUGUAUCGCUUGUACAAAGGGAGAGUUUGUAGGCUAAAUCUUACGGAUAUCGCCUAUUAAAGUUGUCAGAGUAUUCGCGGGGUUGCAGUGGACUAAGUUGACUUUCGAGUCGCUAACUUGCCACCAGAAGGCUAAUUUACUCAAGGCGGCUGCGGAAGAAAGGUAAUCGGCGAUCACUGCCCAGACCAGCACGGAGUACGACCAUGUCAAAUGAAGAAAGAUAUAAGUUGGUGGUCGUGGGCGGUGGAGGUGUGGGGAAAAGCGCCCUCACUAUUCAGUUCAUUCAGUCAUACUUUGUGUCGGACUAUGACCCAACCAUUGAAGACUCGUACACUAAAAUCUGCACCGUGGAUGGAAAGGAGACGCGAUUAGACAUCCUGGACACAGCAGGGCAAGAAGAGUUCGGAGCGAUGAGAGAGCAGUACAUGCGCUCCGGAGAGGGUUUCUUGCUGGUGUUUGCUCUUAAUGACAGUGGCAGUUAUGAUGAAAUUCAGAAAUUUCACACUCAGAUAUUGCGGGUGAAGGAUCGAGAUGACUUUCCUAUGGUUCUUGUUGGCAACAAAUCAGAUCUUGACCAGCAGAGAGUUAUCUCAAGAGAUGAGGCCAUGUCGUUUGCCCGAGAAAACAGGAUCCACUAUAUGGAAUCAUCAGCUAAGAACCGCCACAAUGUGGAUGAAGCCUUCAUGGAGGUUGUGCGAGCAAUAAGGAAGUUUCAGGAGACAGAAAGUCCACCACUCCCUGCUAAUCACGCGGGGAAGCAGAAGAGUGGUGGCUGUCCCUGCACCCUGCUCUGACUGCCCCUCUGCACUGUUGCCUAGGAGACUGAAGCCCUCACUCUCACGCCUGGUGCCUUAUAUGUCUACACGGAGUGUGUGUGUGUAUGUGUGUGUGGCACUGUAUGCAUCAGUGUUUUAGUGGCUUUUACAGUAUGUAUGUAAGAACUGGUUUCCUAGAAGAAACUAGGCAAUAUCAAAUGAGAGCGAACCGUGAAUCUGUUGGAAAGAGCGAGGUCUUGUUUCGUCCACAUGCUUUAUUUAGUGCCUUG